CUCGUCGUCAUCAUGUCGUGGUUCUUCGUGCUACUGGUGAAUACAGUUAUUACGAUAACAAUGAUCGACGUUAUGUCCUCAGAAGGUGCAAAUCGCGGAUCCAAUCAGAUCGAAAGACCGAUUAUGAUUCGGAUGAGAGAUAUUGAUUUUCCUCGAAGUGCAAACGUGAUGUUCACCGGCUCCUCGUCCUCUCUAUUUUUUCUGCAUUUGUUCAAAUACAAGCCGCAAAUACAAUACCAGAAGCUGGAUAAGAUCCCUACUACUACUCCGAUGGCCAGAGAUUGCAUUUGCGUACCGUUUUAUCUAUGCGACGAUAAUCAGACUGUCAUAACUGAUGGUACAGGUGUAAUCAAUCCACGUGUUCGGAUAUGCACCGGAGACUUCGAAGUCUGCUGCUAUCUGCGAAAUGCCACAAUACCACCGACGAUACCAACAAUUCCACCGACGAUACCAACAAUUCCACCAACAACGCCGACGAUGCCGCCGACGAUGCCGCCGACAAUACCCCCGAUAGUUUUUCCCACCAAUACACCGAGUCCUCCCGUGACUGGAUUUCCGAAUUUAAACUGCAUCUGUGUAGUAAUAUCGCUGUGCAAUCCUAGUGGAGUAGUUAUUUUUGCCGGCGAAGGUGUACUAAUUCCGCGACAGCAAAACAUACUGUGUCCCGGUGCCAACCUGGUCUGCUGCAUGAUACUAGCGAACGUGACGCAACCAACGAUACCACCGACGAUGAUGCCCACGACAACUACGAUAUCACCGACGACUGCACCACCUGGACAGACACAGCUGUGUUUUGUGUGCGGCAACACCGUUCAAUGUUUUACUUGUGCAAUCAUUAUCACGCCUGGCGGUGGCGGUAUGAUCGAUCCCAGAUUUUCUCAGAUAUUAUCGGAAGGAAAUAUCUGCGCGGCGGCAAGUUUGCCGACCUGUCAAAACACGAUGAUGAAACCGAUCACGGAACUGUUAGGCCGGUUGAAGAAUCCGAACACACCGCAAGCUUGUUAUUGCGUAAAAACCUGGCUGUGCUCCGCGGGCAACGCGGUCAGCCCGGAUGGUCUUGGUAUAAUUGAUUCGAGAUUCACCGCGUGCUCGUCGCCGGACGAAGUGUGCUGUCGACUCGCGGGAAUCGAUCUUCUUCGUAACAUCGGCAAACGCAGUUCUGCACCCGCACUUGAAAGUUUCACCGUAAAAGGACGGUCUGAUCACUCGUUUCCUCAAAUCAAUUGCGGUAUACAGAACAACAGUUAUGCACCGUCGCAGCCUUUUUCCGCUGACUCUGGAAAAACUUAUUUCGCCGAGUUUCCAUGGAUGGUCGCACUUCUCGUAAAAUCCGCAAUCAGCGGUCCUUAUACUUUCAAGUGCGGUGCUUCGAUAAUCAGUAACGCUGCUAUUAUCACUGCCGCACAUUGCGUAAUAAACGAAAAACCUGAGAACUUGGUGGCACGCUUCGGUCAAUGGAAUAUAGAAAAUAGCAUUCAACCACUACCUAUUCAAGAAGCAAAUAUUUUCACGAUAGUUGUACACCCUUUGUACUACAGCGGCGGACUAUUCCAUGAUGUAGCUGUCCUUGUUUUGGAGAAACCAAUUACCUAUAGCGCUAAUGUUUUUCCGAUUUGCCUUCCCGAGCAAGGUAUGGUUUUCCCGACCGGAGCCAGAUGCUACGGAAUAGGAUGGGGUAGCAAUUCAUUCGAAGGAAAGUAUCAAGCGGAACUUCGAAAGAUAGACCUUCCUAUUGUCGACAGAACGGACUGUCAAACGCGCUUACGAAGCACGAAAUUAGGCCAAUAUUUUCAAUUGCAUGGAUCAUUUAUUUGCGCGGGAGGUGAAGCGAACAGAGAUACGUGUCGUGGUGAUGGCGGUGGACCUUUGGCUUGCCAAGCUACCACAGGACAAUUUUUCCAGGCUGGUAUUGUAUCGUGGGGUAUUGAUUGUGGUGUUUCUAAUAUUCCUGCAGUAUACUCUAGUGUAUCACAGCAUCGUCAAUGGAUAGAUCAGCAGCUCGCAACUUACGGAGUAUAGCAAUGUGUAGUAUAUUUAGUAUUUUUGUGGCUCAACAAUUGGCGCUAUGUACUUUUUACUGGAACAUUAUUAUAUAUUACACAUUACGUGCAGUGAAAGAAAAGUCAAGAAGCAAUCAGAAAAAAAUAUAAAAUGACA